UCUUUUCAUUUAUUCGUGCUGUGGUGCCAUGCUCAGGUAAACCCUCUUUCAAUGUUCCGUGCAGAUAGUUUAGACAAAUUAUUAUUAAUAGGCAUUUGAUGGUAAAUGUCAUAUUUGAAAUGUCUUGAUUUGCUUGUAAUUUUUAAGUGGGCAGCUUGCCUCUGAAUGCAUUUAUUAUAGGCCUAAUGCAACACAAUAUUUGAUAACAUGCUUUUUUUAACCAAAUAAUUUACAGUCCCAGAUUUUGUAUUUUUUGGAUUCUGUUAUUCAGUGAAUCUCUGGAGUCAGGCAAUGGUUGGCUUGUUUUAGAAAACAUUUCAAUUAGAGGUUAGAAGAAAAUCCUAUAAGUGAUGUAUUUUUCCCUUUGCAUAAAAAGGGGGAGAAUCAUCCGUCUCCUAAUUUUAACCAGUAUGUGAGGGAGCAGGGCGCAGUGACAGACCAGUUUAGCCGGCGACAGGUCAGGGUUUACCAACUAUACAGCCGGACCAGCGGGAAGCACGUCCAGAUACAGGGCAAGAGGGUCACCGCUACUGCUGAGGACGGCAACAAUUACGGUAAGUUGUUCUCUUCCCAUGAGGGCCAUGACACAAUGUUGGCUAAAUCUGGAUAAAAAGUAUUUGUUUUCAACCAGUCGGACGCAUGCAUGCAAGGCUUAUUAAUAGUUUUUGAUGACGACUGCAUUUGCAAUAUGCUGUCUGUCUAUGAAGAGGUCUGCAGCCUAGGCAAGGCCUACAUGCCCAGCUAAUGCUAGCCCCACCCUCUGUAUGGGGCUGUAUGGUAAUUUAGCCAACCUACAGUAUCUAAAUCUCGUCUGGCGAAUCAGGCCAAGUCUUUUGUCCAAGUCCAAUACACAUUCCUGUUGUUAGCCCUAAUUAACCAGAGGGAGUAAAUCAAUGGACCAAUAGGACAAAUGCAAUUGGUAUUUGUGUAUUCCACCUACAUUACUUUUGUCUUCAAACAUGCAUAAUAACACUUAAUUAAUCAUAUCAAUGGCUUGUUAAUGUCUCAAAACCCGAAACCCAUAAUAUCUCACAUCAUAGGCUGUUGAGAUCUUCUCUCUUCAAUAUGUUGUUUGUAGGCCAGUUAGGGCAGCUUAUUGCUGGCUUCCUACAGUUUUGAAUUUUCAUUCCACUUCCAUAUAAGAAUUUUAAUAUGAUAUAAGGAGUGUCCAAAAUAUACUUAUAUAGUUAAUUGACAUACUGGAUUUAUCACACCAUUGUUGUAUUUUCAUAUGGAUAUGUGUGUGUGGUAGCACGUCUCUUUGUAGAAACGGACACCUUUGGGAGUCGGGUUCGGAUCAAAGGUGCAGAGAGUGGACGUUACCUCUGUAUGAACCGGAAGGGGAAACUGGUUGGAAAGGUAUAAUAUCAAAUCCACAUCACUUUCAAAGUUGAGCUUGCUUGUUUCGUAGUUAUAUGGUAAUUGUUAUGUAACUGUGAUUGUACAUUCUUUAAGUGAAGUUUUCUUUCAACAAAUAGAAAAAUAGUUUGAAGAGUUGGGUGAAAUAGUGAAACUGCAAUAAAAGGGAUAUAUUUACUAACCAGUUUUCUCCCUGUCAUAUGGCAGACGUAUUUGGCUCAUAUUGUGUUAUAAUGACACUUGUUUGUAAUGUCAUUCGUUAGCCUGGAUAGGGUCGGUGAUGGGGAGACAACCCAACAUAUAUUUCCAACUGUAGCAGAUGUACAGUUGCAAGGCAUGGGAUAAACUCUCCUCAUACACUUUGGUGGUUGGUCAGAAGUCAACCCUCCACUUCCUUCAUGGAAAUGGAAAAUAUGUAUUCAGUGUUGUCUGCUUGCCAUGAGAAGUAAAGGGUCUCAUCUCUCAACAUCUUUUCGGGGUGUUGAAAGACUAGGUUCUAGUUUCAUCUAGUGAAUAAAUAAGUACAGCUGAAGGCUGUAGCUUUCUGGCGGUUCCUGUCCUUUGGAAACCUGAGGUUUGAGAGGAAUAGUUUGUUAAUACUUCUCACAACUCCUACAAUAUAGUUAUUGUGGUGUGGUUUAGAUAUGUAUUUAAUUUUUCAUACAUCAUUCACUGUUCAUAGUUUAUUGUUUUGAAAUGGAGGAGGCUGUACUGAUACGGCAUCUUCAUUGUAGUUUUUAUGAAACCGUCAGAAAAUGUAGAUACAAUGGAUUUGAGCUUGUCUUGUACACAUUGUUUGCAUUAGUUUGAUGGUGAUACAACUCAAGUAAACAUCAUAACAGUAAACUAGUCUGUUCCGGUGUUUCAAGAGAACAUUGAAGUAUUCCAAAAUAAUAGCAAUGUAGUUCAGAGGGACAUACUUUAAUUAACCUAUCCAGAUGUUGUUGUUUUGAUCUAUAUGCCUUCUAGUAGUGGCACUCUGACUUUAAGUCUUUCCUCUCUCUCAUCCUCUCAACAGCCAAAUGGAAGAAGCAGGGAUUGUAUCUUCACAGAGAUUGUUCUGGAGAACAAUUACACUGCCUUCCAGAAUGCCAAGUAUGAGGGCUGGUAUGUGGCUUUCACCAGGAAAGGGAGACCCAUCAAAGCCUCAAAGACGAGGGAGAACCAGAGAGAGGUCCAUUUCAUCAAGAGGCUACACAAGGGCCCACUACCUUUCCCCAACAUGGACAGAAUCAAACACUUUGAGUUCAUCAGUUUUCCACCCACCUGUCGCGCGAAACGGAACAGGAAAUCACAGGUUGCUGCCUAG